UUGAAAAAAAAUAAAAUAAAAAACAAAACAAUUGUCAUUGAAAUAAAGAAAAUUUUGUUUGUCAAUAUUGCCCCAAAAUUUUGUAGUUUGUAUUAAAACAUAUUUAAGCGUUCGGCUUUAUUUUCCAAAAAUUUUUAGUGUAUGUAUUUGAUAUUGUUAGGUUUUUAUUUAUAAAUUGUAAGUCUAUCGUGUGAGCGUGUCGCAGAACUAUUUACAUAUAUUGGAAGCAUUAGCGAAAGGUUAUAAAAAGUGGUUUGAUCUGAAUCUACCUAAAGUGGUUGGUGAAAAUAGUGCAAACGGCUUGGGCAGAAUGAACGCCAAGGAUAUAUUAAUGCGAGCAGUUCAAUGUGAUCAGGCGGGCCGAAUUUUGGAAGCCCAAAAUCUUUACCAAGAUGGCAUACAAAUUCUCAUGGAUCUUGUAUCAGACGAAAAUGACGUUGCAAAGAAAAAAGUAUUUUACGAGAGGAUUAAAGAAUAUAUAGACCGUGCCGAACAAAUUAAGGAACGUGUACAAAAUCAUGUUAUCCGUGGAGAACUUGUAACAAACAUACCAAUAGAUGAGGAUUCCGCUGGCAAUAGUUAUGAAUCGCUUUUUGGAAAGUACCUUAAUGCUGAAGUAAAAGAGGUCCUGCUGGAAGAACCUUACCUUCAUGAAAAAUAUCAUUUUCAGAAUCUAAUAACGUUUCUGGAGUUGCUAGUAAAAAACUGCAGGCAUCUCAAAUAUGUCCGAGUGGUGACAAAAACUGAUAACAAAGCAUCUGAAAACCAAAAACACAUAUUAGAGCAGAUUAGAUCUGAUAUGGCAAGACGAAAUGUCUCUUUAACAUAUAAAUUCGAAGACACCUUGCAUGACCGCAAAAUUGUUCUCAGCAAUGGUUAUAUCAUAAAAAUUGGUCGUGGUUUGCAUUUUUUUAAAGCCACCAAUCCUCUCUUUAGCCUUGGAUUAUGUGAUUAUGACUUUCGCAAAUGUUUACAAACAGAUGUGGAUAUUUGGCGAACUAAAAAUUUUGUUGCUUAAAGAUACAGGUGGACAGGACUACAUUCAUCUAAAUAAUUAAGAACCUUCAAAUACGUAUUAUGUAUCAAUAAGUAUAUUUUAUGGGAAGAUUAACUAACUGAUUUGAAUUGUUUUAUAUUUUUUACUACCUUUUAAAUAAGAUAAUUUCUAUAACUUGAAAAA